AUGCGAAGAGAAAAGAAAACCUUUGAGAAGAAGACCAAAGAGAACAAGUUCUUCAAUUUUUCCGCAGGUAGCUACCGUUGGGGAUCCCCCAAUGCUACAUGCAUUGGCCAGUUAUCUUGGUCAGAAGCAUUUCACAUUCCUUUAACUCAUAUGCUGGGUUCCGCCGGAACCAACACUUUUAGCUGGACAAUUCAACAGUUUGCUACUCAAGUUUCCAUUUUGGCGCAAACACUAGCUGAAAUUCUGGCACAAGUCAACACGUUCUUUGAGGAGAAUUGUUUGCCCAGCUCCUGUUAUAUUAGAUUGAAUCGAUAUCCUCCUUGCCCCUUGGCUUCUGGAUUGAUGCCACACACAGAUAGUGCCUUCCUCACCAUCUUACAUCAAGAUCAGGUUAGAGGCUUGCAAAUGCUCAAAGAUGGGAAAUGGUUUGCCGUAAAACCAAACCCUGAUGCUCUUAUAAUCAUCAUUGGUGACUUGUUCCAGGCAUGGAGCAAUGGUGUUUACAAGAGUGUGGAGCACAGAGUUGUGACCAAUCCAAAAUUGGAGAGGUUCUCUAUGGCAUAUUUCUUUUGCCCCUCUGAUGCUACAGUGAAGUGUCAAAUGCCGGUCUCAGUUACGGGCUUAGCGUAUUAUUUGGGCCUUAAAAGUCCAUAAAAAAACGAGUGCUGGUCACUCU